GAAAAGAGCACGAAGCCCGAAAUUUGCACAACAUGUCGUUCGCGGCGAAUAUGUAUCUGUAUUUAGCCGAAGGUGUAGUAAUAUGUGUGACAAAUUUAACGCUGUUAUGGUGCAUCCUGUCAGAUGCUCGGAAUCGGCGUCGGCGGGAGUUCAUACUGGUGGCUUCUCAAUCGGUUACAGAUAUAUUUUAUGGAGUCGCUUUUAUGCUCAUCGCGAAUCUUAGGCUAGGAUUGUUUUUUGAAAAUAAAUUAACCCUCACAGUAUCCACCUCCGAAUGUGCAUUCAUCCCUGCUCUGUGGCUUCACAACAUGGCAACCCCAUUACUGGGCCUCUUGCCAUUUACAACAUCGAUCAACUUCCUCGUGUGCUCUGUUGCUCCGCUAUGGUACAUGAGAGCCACCCAUUUGUACACAUUUUUCUUGCUCUCAGCUCCGUUCACAAUCGCCAUGUUCUUAACCUCCAUCAACGCGGUUCUACUAAUCAACGUGAACACCCAAAUCGCGGCGCUUUGCAUUGCAGCCAACGGAGCCGCCCAUCACAUUGUCUACCAUAUAAUGCUAUUUUUCCGAAUCAUCGCUAACAUGGCAUCUGCAGUUAUCUACUUUGUAAUUCUUCUGUAUUUGAAGAAAAGUCAAGGCGGCGCGCUGAAAGAGCUCUCUCCCCAACAGCUGAAAAUGCAUCGAAAUGCGAAAAUCACGCUGGGCAUGGUUACGACUAACUCGAUGAUUUUGUUGUUGUUCCCGGAUAUUUUGCUAUUCGCGAAUCCAUGGAACAUCACAAAGUUCUACUCAACACCGCUGUACACUAUGACUCUGAGCAAAACUAUGGUGAACUUCAUGAUCUACAUGAUUCGAUACCGUGAGCUCCGAAACAUCAUUCUUUUCAAAAUCAUCGCCUGCCUUCCUCAAAAAUGGUCGAUACCACUGGCGAUGAAGCUUCGGAGCACCGCCGAAGCCUCAAAUGCGCCGAAAAGUGCGUUUCAGACACGAUCCUCGGUUCAGACUGAGAGAGUUGGUAGAACAUCGCCGAGGAAGAGCAUCGUUCCACGCUCUGGAUCUAUCGUUGGAAUUCAAAAACCUCGAGUUUUACAACAAGAAAUUUCCAAAGGACCACUACAUUUACCGCCGUUGCCAAGCCGAUUCUGAUUUGUUUAUUGUUUUUGGAGAAAUAAACAUGUUUUAUUCAA